AUGGCCCACUUUGGUGAUAAUACCGAAGAAAUGAAGGUGGUAUGUUUCGAAGAUGUCGAGAAUCAUUUGAAACAGGUUGCAUCAUCUAAGUAUGAUGUUAUGAUAUCUCAGUAUGUUACUUUACUCAAUUUUUUGGUGUCAGAGGAAACCUUGAAAUCUUCUCAAAAACUGUCGUUUGAAAUCAUGAACGUCGGUGAAUAUAAACAAGACUUGCGACGCUUCUUGUCUUUGAACACAUUUCCCUUGGAUGACACCCAACUUUUAGUGAUGCAUGUCAAAAAUGUCAUUGCGCGUCCUGAAAAAUCACUGACAGAAGAAAUUAUAGCAUGUUACGACGAAAACUAUUUUUCAAAAGAGAACGUGUACCAGGUAAAAAGAAGUAUCAGAGACAAAGUAAACGCUGCCGUUCAAACAUUAUUUCCUCAAUUUGAUUUAUCCGUUCAGUUGAUUAGAUCAUGCCAUACGGAAUUGAUAUCUUCCGAUAGUACUUUACACAUGGGGGUUAUUGUUCCAAAAUGUUCGAGCGAAGACCCGGAUGAGUUUGCAGAAUUUCAAGAACGCCAUAAGUCUUUGAAUAACAUGGAUAACUAUAUCGAGUGCUUAGAAGAGAUUGGCAUGGUUGAUAUACAUUAUGCCCCAGGACGUUGUAGUAGCACUUUAUUGUUUACUGACUCUAUAUCCGGAAACUUAUGUGAUAUCAGCAUUGAUAGAACCUUGCUUUAUGAAAGAGAAAAAUUGAUUGAAGCGUAUCUCGAGCUGGAUAAAAGGAUCAGGCCUUUAAUCAAUGCUAUUCUGCAUUUCUGUCAAGGACACCAUAUAAAGAAUGCUGAUGGAUAUCCAUCUUUAAGCACAUAUUCCAUAAUCAUCAUGGUACUAAACUUUUUGAUAAACGGAUUAGAGUACCCUGUUAUCCCCAACCUUCAAAAUAUCUCAAGAAACAAUGAGUGCGAUUUUGAAGAUUGUUUAUUUACCAAAAACAAAGACAUUAUAGUUACAGUAAUAUACGCUAAAAGAAUUAGAAAAAUGAUGUUUCGCUACCAUACGUGCGUUAUAACCCAACACAAUGGUGAUAGUUUAGAUAUUAUAAUGGAAAAUCGAACUUUGUGGAAUGGUCAAAACAUUGAUAGUUUGGGUUCACUCUUGAUUGGGUUUUUCCAAUAUUAUUCCAACCGAAAAAAUCUCACUGGUGGAGUCUCUAUCUCUCGAGUAGGUGGAAGUAGAAGAGGCCUAAAUUAUUUUCACCCUGUUGUCAUCAGUGAUCCGUUUUUACCAAUUAACAAUAUUUCACCAGAUACUGUGGAAAAAAUAAUUGAAACGUUUUAUUUAGCUUGGGAGGCAUUGACAGAUGAAAAAAACUUUGAAUUUAUCUGCGGAGGCAAAUUAUUAUUGUAA